AUGGUCUUCGAAAGCGUCGUGGUCGACGUCCUCAACAGGUUUCUGGGCGACUACGUAGUCAACCUCGACAGCUCGCAGCUUAAACUCGGCAUAUGGGGAGGUGACGUCGCACUGAAGAAUCUUGAAAUUAAGGAAAAUGCUUUGAGUCAACUCGAUAUUCCUUUUAAAGUGAGAGCGGGACACAUAGGGUGCCUGGAACUCAAAAUUCCAUGGAAGAACCUUUACACGCAGUCUGUGGAGGCCACACUCGAUGGUGUCUAUCUACUCAUCGUACCGACAGCAAGCAUAAAGUAUGAUGCGGAAAAAGAGGAAAAACAACUGCAGGAGCUGCGGCAGAGAGAACUGCAACGGAUCGAGGAGACCAAGCUGAAGUUUGCAGAGAAAGACAACCCACAGUUGGAGAAACAAGACACUUUUGUCGAGAAGCUGGUCACUCAGAUAAUAAAAAAUGUUCAAGUCAAGAUUUCCAACAUCCACAUCCGCUACGAGGAUGAUGUCACCAAUCCUCAAUGCCCCAUGUCCUUUGGUGUGUCUCUUAGCAACCUUAGUCUUCAGACAUGUGACGAGGACUGGAGGCCGACCGUUUUGGAUGAGCAUGCGAAGCUUUUCUACAAGUUGGUUCAACUGGACAAAUUGUUUGCCUACUGCAAUGUCAACUCGGUGCUUUUCUCCAAUCACAGUUCAGACGAGGCUCUGCUAUGUCUCCAAAGCAGCCUGGGCGUCAGUGGCUCCUAUCCUGCAGACCAUGAUUUCAUUUUACGUCCCAUCUCCGCGGAUGCCAAGCUUUGCAUGAAUCCCCGGUCAGAUGUGGACUUCUCGUCUCCUAAAGUGGACCUCAUGGUCAGUCUCAGCGAGGUGGCCAUCGAGCUUAACAGACCACAGUACAUCAGCAUCCUAGAGCUACUGGGCUCUGUAGAUUUGUUGUCACGAAACCUGCCGUACAGGAAGUACAGACCUGAGGUCCCAGCUCACAACAAUGCCAACAUUUGGUGGAAUUAUGUCAUCACGAGCGUCCUGGAGGUGGACGUGAAACCCCGACUCCACAUGUGGUCGUGGACGCAUAUUAAGCGGCACCGCCAGGUGGUCAAGCACUAUCGCGAGCUCUACAAGGUCAAAAUCACCAGCAAGAAACCCAGCGAGGAACUACUCAAGAAACUUCAGGAGCCUGAGAAGACUCUGGACAUUUUCAACAUCACACUAGCAAGGCAGCAAGCUGAAGUGGAGGCAAGUAAGGCCGGGCUACGUAUUUACCGUCAGGGCUUAAAGAUGGAGGAAGAGGAAUCUCAAGGGUGGAUCAGCUGGAUGUGGAAUUGGGGCGCAGAGCCUGAAACCAAACCAAAGGAAGUGAAGAGCACAGGAGGUUUUGAUGACCUCCUCACUCCUAAUGAGAAAUCCAGGCUGUAUGCUGCCAUCGGAUACAGUGAGACGUCCGCUAAUUGCAUUUAUCCAAAGGAUUUUGAGGAUAUGAAGGUGGAUUUCCACAUGGAAAAGCUGAGCGUGUCCAUCAAAGAACUCAAGGACAAAGACGAAAUUGUUAAGCUGACUGUCGGGGAGCUGAUGUCCAGCCUGACACAGAGAUCUGGAGCACAAGCCAUCAAAUUGACCGCCCAGCUGAGUUUGUUUGAAGUCACGGGGUUAGCGAGUAGGCGGGUGGCGCCGACCCUACUGUCGUCCAAGACAGACGGCACAGGAACAGGUACCCCGCUGCUCAGCCUCUUUUUCGAAACCAACCCCCUGGAUCAGAGUGCCAAUCAGCGGCUCUUUGUCGAGUCGCAGCCACUGGAAAUCAUCUACGAUGCCAUGACUGUGAACGCCAUGACAGCGUUCUUCAGACCUCCUGAUGACCUGGAGCUGGACGAACUCACCAAUGCCACCUUGAUCAAACUGGAGCAGUUUCGAGACCGCACAGCCACCGGUCUAAUGUAUAUCAUCGAGACCCAGAAGGUGCUGGAUUUGAAAGUGAACCUCUUGGCCUCUUACGUCAUCAUCCCACAGACAGGCUUCUAUGACGGCACUCAGAACAUUCUGCUGUUGGAUCUCGGACACUUGCAGAUGUCCACUCAGAGUAAAAAACACCUGCCUCGGCUGUACGCUGGCUCCAGCUCCAUUGAAGACAUCAUGCUGAGAGCUUACGACAACUUUGACAUCCAACUCAGCAACCUGCAAUUCCUUUACAGCAAACCCGAGGGAGACUGGAAAAUUGCUCGCAAGCAGAGGCAGUCGCCACUGCAUAUCCUGGAACCGGUUGAUAUGAAAAUGGUGUUCAGCAGGGCCAUGGUUGUCAAAGACUCACGAAUGGCAAAAUUCAAGCUUUCUGGAAAGCUUCCAUUACUCUCCCUCAGAAUAUCUGAUGUCAAACUUCGAAAUGUCCUAGAGCUUGUGGACAGCAUCCCAUUCCCGCAGUCAAGUCCUGUCCCGCGCAAUGGCGGCGUGCCCCCUACAGCAAAGCCAAAGCAGUUCUCACAGCAGUCCACCAGGCGACGUUUGCAGUUAGCCGACCAGCGCUCUUCUUUGAUUUUCGAGUCGUGUGAGACACUCAGCCUCACUUCACUCGGGUCCGAGGAAGACUUGUUCUACGAUGCCCCCACCUCUCCCAUCACAGGCAAUCAGUUCUUCGCCGAUAGUCCCAUGCCGCUGCGCUACGCCGACCUGAACAGAGCGAAGAAUAUUGUCCAAGAGGAGCGGCAGAAAAACAUGACUGACUUCCUCAUGACGUUUGAAAUCAGCGAGUUUUCUAUCCAAUUGUGUCGUCUGGAUGGCAGCGGUCAGGAGGUGGUGGUGCUUCACUUGGACGUGGAAGGCUUGGGAACCGAGUUGAAAAUGUGCACCUUCAACAUGACGUGCAACACUUAUCUCAGGGAGAUCUGCCUCAAGUGUCCUGAGUACAAAAUUUCAGAAAGCAAGGAAGUUCAGUUAAUCACGACUUUGGAUAACUCAGAGGUCGACAUACUUACACUGGAGUAUACAAAAGCUGAAAAGGAUGGUCCUGAGUUCAAGUCCGUGCACAACAACACAGAGCAGCUUAUCAAGGUGUCCUUUUCAUCACUGGACAUAAAUCUCCACACGGAGGCGCUUCUCAGCACUAUGAACUACCUCAACAGUCUGGUGCCACAGUCAGUCCAGCAGGAGGAAAGGCCAGGGGAGCGCCCCGCCAUCCCUGAAGAAGAGGGCAAUAAGGGAGAGACUGCUGUCACCAAGAAAAAAACCCAGAAGAAAAGCAGCGGCGCGACCGUCAUCAAUCUACACAUCAGAGCCGAUCUCCGAUCUCUGAAGGUUUUUAUUCGAGGGCAGAAAGCCAUGAUCUCAGAAAUUAGAAUCGAAGGCCUGGUUUCUGAGGUUGUUAUAAGGAAGCGUGAGAUGAAGGUCUCGGCCAACCUAAAGAACAUUAUUGUCUUUGACUGCGAUGAAACCGCUUUCUAUAAGAAGGCUGUGUCGAUAGCAGACAAAGAGGUGUUUGCCUUCCAGAUGGUCAACUACACGGACGCGACCGAGGGUGACGCUUAUCUAAAUAUGUCUCAAGUUGACACCUCGGUCACGUUGACUGUGGGGUGCAUCCAAAUUUUCUUCCUCAACAAGUUUUUGUCUUCCAUACUGACAUUUAUAAACAACUUCCAGGAGGCCAAGGACGCUCUGGCCGAAGUGACACAGCAAGCGGCCGAAAAGGCGGCAUCGGGCGUGAAAGAGUUAUCUGAGCGCAGCACGCGCAUCGCUCUCAACGUGCACUUCAAGGCGCCCGUCAUCUUCGUACCGCAGUCGUCCUCAUCCUGCAACGUCCUGGUGGCUGACCUGGGCUUCCUGUCGGUCAAGAAUCACUUUGCCAUUCAUCCUUCUCAGAUUCACCGCGAAAUCCCACCUGUGGUAGACAUCAUGGGAGUUAAGCUAACAGACCUCAAGAUGUACAGAAGUUCAUUUGUCGAUGGAGAAGUCCGGGGCGCGAGUAACUUGUUGCAGCCGGUCAGCUUGGAACUUGAGGUCCAGAGGAAUCUUUCAUCCAACUGGUACCACAGCAUCCCUGACAUGGAGAUCAACGCUCAUCUUAUGCCCUUGAGUUUGACUCUUAGCCAAGAAGACAUGGUGGUUGUCCUCAAGACUCUCAACGAAAACCUCAGUGAGAAUUCUGACACGGCCGCCGCCCCUGCGCACGCACCCACCGGUGACUCAACACCCAACGUGGCGCUGCGCGGCCCCGGAACCGCAGAAAAAAACAAUAGUAACACGGUGGUGACGGCUGCCGUGGUGGAGACUCAGAACAACGCCAAGCUGAAGACCACCAUGAAAGUUGAUCUCAAGAUUGACUCCAUGGGGCUGGUUCUUUUUAAGCCGAAAGAGAAUGAGCUUUCAACUUUGGAGCCACAUGAUGAUGAGCUGAAACUGGGCGAGUUCACACUGGGCACCAGCGCCACCUCUGUCGCCAUGUACUCUGACAGCUCUAUGAAGGCCACCGUCCAACUAGACACCUGCCUCCUCGAUGACAAGAGGCCUAACAUCCAGACAGUUACUCCAAGGAUGAUGGGCAUGCGCCCGGGAACGGAAAAUAACAUGAUGGUGCAAGUCAACUACCGGCAGAGCCAUGAAGGCACCGCCUUGGACACGGUGGUGCAGGACGUUUACUUGUGCGCCAGCAUGGAGUUCCUCCUUACAGUGGCGGACAUCUUUCUUGGCGCCACUAAGGAAGGCUUUGCUGAGACGCCACAAAGCAAGACAACUCCGACGCCUGGAGAUAAAAACAACACACCUGCACAUCCCAAGGAACCGAUUCCCGUUUCAAAGUCUGAGAUGAAUAUCGUGGUGCGAAACCCUGAGAUUGUGUUCGUGGCCGACCUGACGCGUAGCGAUGCCCUGGCACUGGUGAUGACCACACAGUGCGAGUUGGCCAUUAAAAAUGAUGCGGAAAGUUCAAAGAUGACGGCCGUCAUCCAAGACCUCAAGGUGGUGGCUUGUCCUUUCCUAAGAGAGAAGAGGGCACACAACGUGACCACCAUUCUACAGCCUUGCCAGGUGUUCUUUCAAAGUUCUCAGACCCCCACGUCUCCACAAGCUAUGGAGAUCUCCAUCAAUUCACUCUCGCUCAAGGUUUCUCCCAUCAUCAUCAAGACCGUCAUCUCCAUCCAGUCGGCCUUGAGUCCCACCACCCAGACAUCAAAGGAGCUGGAAAGUCCCGUCCCAGUGGACAUGUGGUCCAAACGGGACUGGAAGGAUUUGAAGCUGUGGUUCUUAGAGGAGCAGGCAGAAGCAAACAUGAAAACAACCAUCCCGCCCUUGAUUCCAAAGGGCGAGUCGCUUAAAUUGGACAUCAAAUCAAUCUGUGUGACGCUAGAGGCCGGAGUGGGGCACCGCACUGUUCCGAUGCUUUUAGCAAAGUCUUCCUUCCAAGGAGAUGUCAAAAACUGGUCCACUCUGAUUAACUUGCACAGCGAGCUGAAUUUAGAGGUGCAUUACUACAACGAGGUGGUGGGAGUUUGGGAGCCACUGCUGGAGCCUUUAGAAGAUGACACCACUGAUGGUUUCCGACCCUGGAGAUUGGAAUUCAAGAUGAAAACAAAGCCGUUGAAGAACAUCAGCUGGGCGGACGAGGUGGACUACAAUGUCCCGGACUACAAGACUGUCAUUGUAAUCAGCAGCAAGGACCAGCUCAACAUCACCCUCUCCAAAUGUGGACUCGCCAUGCUGAGUAACUUGGGCACGGCUUUUGCCGAAGCCGCCAAAGAGACGACCGGCUGCUUCCAGAAGGAAGAGGCUCCGUUCGUGGUGAAGAACCGACUGGGCCUUCCUAUCUUCGUCAAGUACAGUGACAUGUUUUCCCCUGUCGCCACACACGGCAAUGACCACAUCGUCGAACUGCGUGACGGUCAAACGCUGGGGAUGGACUAUUCUGCCACCACUGACUCCGACCAGUUCUCUGCCAUGACGUCCCUAAGUGAAAAGGACUGCUACAUACAGCCCACCCCGGCUGGCCACACGUCAGCCAGCCCGAUUCCCCUGAUCAAGGUGGAGCGUAAAAUGUACAGUGUCAUGCACGAGGAGUCUGGGGUUACCCGCUUCCUGGUGUGUCAAAUUUACUCUGUGGAGAGCAGCAAGUACAUCAAGAUCCGUUCACCCUUUCAGAUUAUCAACCAUUUCUCAAUCCCCUUUAAAGUGUUCGAGGGCUCGACCUAUUUGGGUACGUCAUCACCAACUGAGGAAUUCUGUGUGCCUCUGGAUUCAUACAGGUCCGAGCUGAGCCUCCAGCCUGUAACGGCGGAUGAAAAUGAACAGUUUGAGUGCUCGGAAGGUUUCAGCUACGACGACAUCGACGUCCAAAAUCCCAAAACCUGCCGUAGCCGCGGAAACCGCGGCGGUGUGCUGACCGUCAAAAUCGUGCCCGUGAAGGACGAGGUGACAUUUAAGGACACCGGCAACGUGGGAAAUAACUUUGAUGUGCCCUUCGUGCUCCAUCUGUGGCCUUGCGUCCUGCUACGAAACCUGUUACCUUACCCCAUCACCUACAAACUUCAUGACAGUAGCGAGUGCGCGCUGGAGGCCAAGUUGGAUCCGGGACAUUCAGCCCAGCUUCACACUGCCAUCAUCAACGAGUCCAGCCUGGACCUCUGCCUGAUUGACUACUUAGAUCAAGAUUGGUCUGCCAAAUACAGCCUGCGGAGUGAGCAAGACGAGAUCACCUUCAUCGUGUUUGAGUCGCUCCGCGAAGAGGAAGACGAUUACGGCGAAGGCGAAAGACAACGAGCCGAGCUGGACAUAGCUGUCCACGUGGAGUACGGGCAUGGCCAGACAGUGGUGGCCGUCCACUCGCCGUACUGGAUGGUGAACAAGACGGGCCGGCUGUUGCAGUACAAGGCGGACGACAUCCACCGCAAGCAUCCUUUGGACUACGAUAUGCCGUUGCUCUUUUCCUUUAAGCCUCGUCACUUCCUGAAAAACAAUAAGGUUCGUCUCAUGAUCUCCGACAGCUCUCUGUCGGAUGACUUUUCCCUGGAUACUGUCGGAAGCUAUGGAGAUGUUAAAUGUAAAGGCCAGUAUAAAGAUUAUCUGGUCGGCGUGAAGAUCGACACCAGCAGUUUCAGCCUCACCCGCAUGGUGACGUUCAUGCCUUUCUACACACUGGUCAACAGGACCAGGCAGACUGUAUUUGUAUGCGAGGAGGGUCAGGAGAGCUGGACUGUCGUCCCACCUGAGCAGUUGGCCAUUCCUUUCUGGCCUGAAAAUGAUGCCAAGCUCCUGAAAGUGAAAACUGAGUGUUGUCUGUCUCCACCUCGCACCAUCAACUUCACAAAACAGGAGAACGGCUUAUUACUGCACUUGGAUAACACAGUGGGUGGCAUCAUCGUAGAUAUCAAUGAAUCAGAGCAUUCGACCACCAUCCGAUUCUCUGAAUACCACGAUGGCGCAGCCCCCUUCCUCAUUAUCAACCACACAAAAGACCAGGUCUUGGAAUUUUAUCAGAGUGUAAAGACAGAGCCACCAUGGGUGCCUAAUGAGAUGCUGGAUUUUUCUUUCUCAGAGGAGGAAGAAGACAGCUCCCAGAAAGCAACAGAGUUGGAAGAGGUGGAGGCCGGGAAAGCAGUGCAUUACACCUGGACCGAGCCGACAGGCUCACGAGAGCUUUGUUGGAAGUGUGGCAAAUAUAGCGGGAAGUUGAAGAGCGAAGAGGACCUACGAGAGGACAUAGGAAAGGAAGGCAAACUUUUUGUCAUCUCCUUUUACGAAGGUCUCCAGCGCGUGGUGCUGUUCACCGAAGAGCUCCGCAUCUACAAGCUGUUGUGUGAGAGCGAGAAGGCGCAAUUGGCUGAGCAGGAAAUCAUACUGUCACUCUGCAACGUGGGGGUGUCGCUAGUCAAUAACAGCAGCAGCCAGGAGGUCGCCUUCAUCGGGAUUACCAGUUCUGACGUAGUUUGGGAACUGAAACCCAAGAAGAAGAAUCGUUGGAAGCCUCUUGGCAACCAAGCAGCUGAAAUGUUGGAGAAACGCUUCAAAGAGUAUCUAGAAUCCGGACCUGUUGACAAAGCCAUCGUUGACCUAGACAACAGUUUCCAGGUGUGCCUGUCUCCCAACGGCACAGACAUGCGAAUGCUGCAGCCGUGUGACGCCCCGCUAAGAAGGCACUUCCUGCGGGCUGUCAAGGUGGAAUACAGCGUCUCACCACGUCAGAGCGCCUACCGGGUCCAAAUCCACCACAUCCAGAUUCAGAAUCAGCUUCCAGGGGCCAUCUUUCCCUACGUUUUCUACCCUGUAAAACUUCCAAAGUCCAUCACCAUGGACGCAGAACCUAAGCCUCUGACAGAUAUCAGCAUCGUCACCAGGGCGGCAGGACACUCUGACAUCUCCCGCAUCAAGUACUUCAUGGUCCUGAUUCAAGAAAUGGAUCUGAAACUUGAUCUAGGCUUCCUCUACGCUAUCCUAGACCUGUUCAGCUCAGAGGUUGCCAGGGACUCCAGCAUCCAACAAGAGGUCGAACUGUUCCAAAAGGACUUGGAGUAUAUGAAGACUGAGCUGAAUGACGUUUCCGCAGCAGACACCACCCCGAUUAGCCUCUACGAGUACUUUCAUAUUUCCCCCAUAAAGCUCCACUUGAGUUUCUCCCUGAGUACAGGAGGUGAGGACGGCCUGAAGGAAAAGCGGGAGAGGGAGCUCAUACCCAUCCAGUCACUCAACCUGCUGCUUAAGAGCAUCGGUGCCACACUCACCGACGUGCAGGAUGUUGUCUUCAAGCUGGCUUUCUUUGAGAUGACGUUCCGGUUCUGCACCACACAGCAGCUCCAGUGGGAGGUCAUCAGGCAUUAUUCCAAACAGGCAAUCAAGCAGAUGUAUGUGCUAGUGCUGGGCUUGGACGUUCUGGGAAAUCCCUUUGGGCUAAUCCGAGGGCUGUCUGCAGGAGUUGAAGCCCUCUUCUACGAGCCCUAUCAGGGAGCCAUUCAGGGACCAGAAGAGUUUGUGGAAGGGAUGGCGCUCGGAGUCAAAGCUCUGGUUGGAGGAGCUGUAGGAGGCAUAGCCGGGGCAGCCUCCAGGAUCACAGGAGCCAUGGCCAAGGGCGUGGCUGCCAUGACCAUGGACGAGGAGUACCAGCAGAAGAGGAGGGAGGCCAUGAACACCCAGCCCAGCAGUUUUAAAGAAGGUCUCACCAGGGGUGGCAAAGGAUUGGUGUCUGGAUUCGUCAGUGGAAUUACAGGCAUCGUCACCCAACCCAUUGCAGGAGCUCAAAGGGAAGGAGCGGCAGGCUUCUUCAAAGGCGUCGGGAAAGGGCUGGUCGGAGCGGUCGCCAGGCCCACCGGAGGCAUCAUCGACAUGGCCAGCAGCACUUUUCAAGGCAUUAAGAGGGCGGCGGAGACAUCUCAGGACAUCGAAUCCCUUCGACCCCCUCGCUUCAUCCAUGAGGACGGCGUCAUACGGCCGUACAAGCAAAGAGAGGGCAUCGGAAGCCAGAUGCUUCAGAAAAUUGAGAACGGUCGUUUUGCUAAAUACCGCUACUUUGCGCAUGCCAAAGUCAAUGACUCGGACUUCCUCAUGAUCACCAAGAGGGGCAUUUUCUUCGUGACCACGGGCACUUUCGGUCAGCUGAUCUGCGAGUGGCAGUAUUUGUUCGAUGAGUUCACCAAGGAGCCCACCAUCGUGGAGCACCGACGUCUUCGUAUCGAGGCCAAGGAGCGAGUCAAAUCGGUGUUCCACGCCAAAGAAUUUGGCAAGAUCAUCAACUUUAAGACGCCCGAGAUCGCUAAGUGGGUCCUGUCUAAACUAGAGGAUGCAAGAGACACUUUACCCAAAUACUGA